CGAAAAUCACUGAAAAUGGUUGAGAAGUGGCUCCAUAAAUGUCUAAUUCUGUUCAUUUUUGCAAGAGUGAUCCUCGGUAUGGAUAUCGAUUGCUCAAAACAACCGGAUAAUAUUAAUCCAGAUUUUUGCUGUGGAACUCCUAUUUUCUUUGAUGAUGAUUUAGUGUUCCAAUGUGAAAAUUCUCUUGGAUUAAAUGACACAAUGUAUAUUGAUUUAGCGGGUGAUGCCUGUGUCUCUGAGUGUUUGUUUAACAAGACAAGUAUCAAUGCAAAUGGACACAUCAAUAAGGAUAUACUUCAGGCGAAAUUAAUGGAGAAAAUAAGGAAUAACUGGUGGAGAGAUAUGCUUCCAGAAUUUAUAGAUUACUGCAUCGAUUCCUCUGAACAUCAAAAGCAGGAAUUACCAAGAGAAAAUUCCACGUUGAAAAGGCAAUGUCGUCCAAACUCUCUCCUUGUAAUUGAUUGCAUUUAUUUGAAAUUAUUCGGGAAUUGUCCAGAAGAAAUAUGGAGAGACACUAAACGGUGCCAAAAUCUUCGGAAUUAUGUUAUCCACUGCACAAACCAAAAUUAGAAUGUCGACUAUUUCGAAACCACAUUCACAAAAGCCGCAAAGUUCUCAACUUUCUCAAGCUAAGCGACAUACUCUCAAAGCUUUUGUAUUAACCAAGACAUAAACUAUUCAGCAAAAUGAGCAAAAUAGUUUGGUUUAAAAUUUGAAAAUCAAUAAAUUCGUUGUUUGC